AUGAACGCAAUAUCGUUGGAUUCUGCAGGUCGUGUUAAAAGUGUUGCAAUUUCAGUAGGUGAUCUUACAUCGAUGGGAGAAAAUAGUUAUGAUUCAAGUGAACAGGCAAAUAUUGAUGACAUCAUUGGUGUGGCCGAGCAACUGAAAAGCACUCCAGCCCUUACACCAGUUGCCUCACAGAAAUGUGCCAUAAGCCAAAAACAUGGUGGUACUUCUGUUCAUCAUUUUCUCUACACAGUACCACAUCUAUUUACUUUAACUGAAGAUUUAAUUGGAGGAUUGAAUAUCAUGGUACGUGAAUACAGUGCAUUAGAUAUCAUUAUAGAGGAAGGGACGGUUCUUUCGCAUGUUUUUGUGCUCGCAUCCGGCACUGUUGAGGUGAUUAACGCGAGGGUUGGGCGCACAUCAAUUGUAGGCCACCGUAGAGUUGGAAGUAUUACUGCACCGAAUAUAUUCGGUAUGGAUGAUGUUAUAUUGGAAAAGCCAACAGAAUUUUCAUAUCACGCAAGUUCAUCAGCCACACUUCUUCUUAUAUCUAAGGAACAAUUCUGUGCACUUUUUAAUCAUUCUCCAAUAUUUUCCAAUAGUGUGUCUGGACAAAUAUUACAUACACUCUCAGCAUUUUCUAUGUUUGAAGAUUUCUGUCGUUCUCUCUUUGGAUUAUCAACAUCUUCUGUUUCGGGUCGCAGUAAUUUUGGUGAGGAAGGGUAUAAACUUUCAAUGCCUACUGCCGUAAAUAUUUAUAAGGCAAGUGGAACUGUAUUCCACAAAUUAAUGCAUUCUUCUUCAGUUGACACUGACGCUUUGCGUUACUGUGUUAAACGUCUACCUGAAAAUAUUACUGAAACCUUUGUGGUUAUUGUUUCACGUACUACUACUGCAUUUCUCUCGGAAGGUUUCGCUCUCACAAAUACGAAUCAUCUUGAAAUGGCAACACGAUACAGACCUACUUGGAAAAUUGGUGAACGAGGUCAAACAGUUGUUAUUGCUCGAGAUGGAUUUACAGAUAUCAUUGAUUUUGUAACUAAUUUAUGUAUGCUUAUGGUAGAAUCUAAAAAAAUACGAAUGCGUUUACAACGUCUAAGCUCUCCAUUUGCCUUGGAUAUUUUGAGGAACUCAUUAGUUGAUAAUGAUGAUGUACCUAUUGAUGUUGUGAAAUCACUCCUUGCUAAGCUUCCCUUUUCAGAAAGUGAGAUUGAUGGACUGACACAGAUAUGGGAAGGUCCUCGAGUGAUGAAAAUGCUAUAUAAUAUUCUUCUUCAACGUGAAGAGUAUGUGGUGUACAUAGAUGUCAACAUGUCUAAGAAAUUUGCACCGGAUCCUUAUUUGAAUUGGAGUUUAUCCAUUAUCCGUCAUAUAAGAUCAGAACUUGGUCUUAAGGAUGGCAAUGGAGACUCUUUACCUAAAGAUCUUACAAUAGAUAUUCUAUUUUCAUCAAAUAUUACUGUCAAAACUCUUCUUUGCUCAGCAUCGGAAGCCUUUAAAGAUAUAUUAGAGGGAUAUAAGCUAGAGUGGGAAAAAAGUAAUAAUUCAUCUAUACAUCCCAAAGAUCGUGACAUCUACAUUUUACAGCAUCUUUUAGAACAAGAUGAAACAUUAAGGGAAGCAUACAAGGAACGUCUAAAGGCAUCUGGAUUUAUCAUGAUGGAGGAUUCUCGUGCAUCAGCACUUAUUGUGGAUCUUAUCAAUGUUAGCAAAUUAAAUUUUUCAGUUAUUGAUGCAUCUUUACGAAAUAAUCUUGUAUCUCCUACAAAUAAAAAAACUAACAAUUUUAUUAUUAAUAUUGAUCGAACAUUUGGUGCGCAAAUAGAGACCGUUUUGCGGAGCCUUAUUCUUACAUUUGGGGAUUAUAUUCGUAGUGUAAAUGUGAACGGAAGUGUGGCUGGUCUUGUUGGAAACCGUGGUGAUGUUGUUCUUCCUACAAAGUUACUGUUUUCAAAACAGUCAUUUGGAGAAGACUCCACAGAUGAAACACGUAAUUGCAAUGUAGAUGACAUUGGAGAGAAUGAUGUGUUGCCAUUCCUUGAGAAUGGAACGGUUUCGCUUCAUCGUGGUGCCUGUGUUACGAUUCCUGGUGUCAUUCUCUACAGUGAUUCAGUUAUGCGAUUCUACAAGGUAGUUCAUGGGUGCACCUCUAUUGACAUGCGAAGCAGUUACGUGGCGAGACAAUUAGAGGAAAGCCACCGAACGGGUGUGCUCAGAAAGGGAGUUUGUAGACGAUUUCUCUUUUACAUGGACACUGUACCACUGAAGAAUGGAGAUGAAACGGAAUCAGAAUCAGAAUCAGUAAAGCGCGACAUACUCUUUUCAGUAUGUGCCACCACCCGCUCGUUACUAAACAUGAUUCUUUCUUCUUAG